UAAGGGCGCCGCCCUAGGCUGGGCCGGGCUGGGCCGGGCUGGGCGGGAUAAGGAGGGAAGGCGGCCUACCAGCGCACUCCCAGCUGCUCGCCUUUGGGGCACUCACUCCUUUGCCACUGACAACCGGCGAAAUGAGUUCCCGCAGCUUCGAGUUGAUCUUCGACUGGGUCGGACACUUUGGCAGAUUCCAGGCAUUUGUCUAUUUUGCAUCAGCUUUCCAAACAAUCUCUUGUGGCAUCCAUUACUUGGCUUCUGUGUUCAUGGCUGUUACCCCCAAGUUUUCCUGUGGGGUUCUGGGGAACAUAAGUCAGGUCCUCCUUUAUAAUUCAUCUAGCCUGAAGAUAGAAGAUGCCUGGGCACUGUUCACAACAGGCAAAGAGGAUUACAUGGUAGUACAACUACAGAAUGGAGAUGUUUGGGAACUUGCUCAGUGCAGCAGGUCCAAAAGAGAGGAUCCUUAUUUUGAAUACCAAUAUGAUGGUAACAAAUCUGUUUUUCCUUGCACCGAUGGCUACUUUUAUGACCAUACCAAGUGGAAGAGCACCGUGGUGACUGAAUGGGAUCUGGUCUGUCACCAAGAGUGGUUUGCAAAAUCCAUCCAGCCUACUUUCAUGCUUGGAGUCCUUCUGGGAGCAGUAAUUUUUGGUGAUCUUUCAGACAGGUUUGGAAGGCGAUUUGUAAUGUGGUUCACAAGCACUGGGCAGUUCUUCCUGGGAGUUGCGGUGGCUUUUACAUUUGACUAUUACAGUUUCAUAGCUAUACGUUUUCUUCUUGCUAUGGUUGCCAGUGGGUAUCUUGUGGUGGCAUUUGUUUAUGUGACAGAAUUCAUCGGUACUAAAGUGCGGACAUGGGCCUCUAUGCACAUGCACGCCUUUUUUGCGAUUGGUGUUAUGAUAGUGGCUCUGAUGGGAUAUUUGGUCCGGACCUGGUGGCUCUAUCAGAUUUUUCUUUCCAUGACAACUCUUCCCUUUGUCUUAUGUUGCUGGGCUCUGCCCGAAACACCAUUUUGGCUUCUCUCAGAAGGAAGAUAUGAAGAGGCACAGAAGCUAAUUAAUAUGAUGGCAAAAUGGAAUGGAACAAGCCCUUGCAACAUAUCUGAAAUGCUUUCAGUGGAACAAGGUGGUGGCAUCGGCACCAACGCUGGCAAUGUUGCAUCUGAAAUGAAGAGUCACAAUAUACUUCAUCUAUUUUAUAACUGGAAAAUUUCGAGAAGGACCCUCACAGUCUGGCUCAUUUGGUUUACUGGCAGCUUGGGAUACUAUGUAUUCUCUUUGAGUUCUGUUAACCUGGGAGGCAAUGAAUUUUUAAACCUCUUCCUCAUAGGUGCCGUGGAACUUCCUGCUUAUGCUUUUGCUUGCAUUGGAAUGGACAGAGUUGGCAGACGAAACACUCUGACACCAUUUCUUAUUGCUAGUGCCCUCAUCUGUGCUAUGAUCAUGCUGAUCCCUCAGCACUGCAGCGUUUUGAAUGUUUUGGCAAAUAUGGCAGGAAAAUUUGCUAUUGGUGUUGCAUUUGGCCUCAUUUACCUGUACACGGCAGAGCUAUAUCCAACAUUCAUAAGGUCCCUUGCCGUAGGAAGCGGUAGCAUGAUGUGCCGCGUGGGAAGUGUGAUCGCCCCUUUCUGUGUUUACCUCACAAGUGUGUGGAUCUUCAUGCCACAGUUGCUGGUUGGUAUUAUGGCCUUUCUGACUGGAAUGUUAACACUGAUGCUCCCAGAAACUCUCGGGAAACCUUUGACCAACACUUGGGAAGAAGCUGAGGAACGAGAAGGGAAGAAAGGCAUUUCUCUUGUCAAAUUGCCUCCCACAGUAAAUAAUAUGGACUCAGAAAACACAGAGAUGAUUCAUCAAGGGGCAGCUGGCGCUCAUGAAUAGGAGUGUUUUAUAUGUUGGCUAUCAUUUGAAAAGUCAUUAACCAUUAAUGCCAUUUCAUCUAAACCCCUCUCCUACAUAUUUGUAUUGCCUCUUUUUAAUUUUAU